AUGAAGAGAAACCACCACGCCUCCUACAACUCGACGGAUCGGAAAUGGGUAAUGCCACUGACCGUGCUCGGAGUUCUCUGCUGCCUUUUUCUGAUAACUGUCCGCCGCGCCAAGUACCCGGCCGCGGGGAAGGCAGGUUUCACGUCCUCCACCUCCUCCGGUAAGUGGGAAUCCAGAUUCUCCGGCGGCGGUUUCGAGGACCCAUUGAAGCUGCCGAAGCUGCCCAGAUUCGCCUACUUGAUAUCCGGGACGAAAGGGGAAGUUCCGCAGGUGAAACGUCUUCUUCAGGCGCUGUAUCACCCGAGGAAUUACUACUUGCUUCAUCUCGAUCUGGAAGCUUCCGACGCCGAGAGGCUUGAGCUGGCUAAGUAUGUGAAAUCGGAGAAUUCGGUGCUUAGAACGAUUGGGAAUGUGAUGGUGAUUGGGAAGGCGGAUUUGGUUACUUACAGAGGGCCAACGAUGAUCGCCAGUACGCUCCAUGGGAUUGCCGUUUUGUUGAAGCUGGCUGGGGAUUGGGAUUGGUUUGUCAAUCUCAGCUCCUCCGAUUAUCCUUUAAUGCCUCAAGAUGAUAUCUUGCACAUCUUCUCUUAUUUGCCGAGAGACUUGAAUUUUAUGGAGCACACAAGCAGCAUCGGCUGGAAAGAGUUCCAGCGAGCACGGCCUAUAAUCAUAGAUCCAGGCUUGUAUCAUUCGAAGAAAUCGGGUGUAUUUUCUGCCAAAGAGAAGAGAUCAAUGCCUGCUUCGUUCAAAUUAUUUACAGGUUCAGAAUGGGUGGUGCUAACGAGGGCGUUUCUAGAAUUCUGUGUUUGGGGAUGGGACAAUCUCCCCCGUACAGUCUUGAUGUACUACACGAACUUCCUGGCAUCCCAAGAGGGUUACUUCCAUACCGUGGUCUGUAACCACAAGGACUACCAGAACACCACAGUCAACCACGACCUGCAUUACCUAACAUGGGACAACCCUCCUAAGCAAAACCCGGUAUCUCUAACCACGGAGCACUUCCAGGACAUGGUGGCAAGUGGUGCACCUUUUGCCCGUCGGUUUGAGAAGGGCGAUCAUGUCUUGGACAGAAUCGAUGCUGAACUUUUGAAGAGAUCUGCAAAUGGUUUCACUCCUGGGAGUUGGUGUUUGGGGAAUCCGGGCCCUGUUAAAGAUCCUUGUGUUGUACAUGGGAGUUCGGAUGUUGUUAAACCGAGCAUAAGUUCUAAGCGGCUGGAGAAAUUAGUACUAAAACUUCUUGAUUCUGAAAGUUUCAGAUCCAAACAGUGUAUAUAA